AUGUAUAUUUUAUCUUUUUUUUUCAAAAAAGAGUUUUUUAAUGAGCUAAAUGAUAGCUGUGAAGUAGCAUCACCACCUCGUCGUAAACACUGCUACUCGCUGAUCGUGAAGAUACUUCGACGUAUCGAGUUGCGUGGCUCUCCACUGCACUGGGAUAUGGGAAUAUCUUCAAUCAAAGGCAUUCUAUCUUUAUACGAUAAUGUCUACGAAUUGAACCCUGAUCCGGCAACAAAAGAAAAAUGCGAGCUAGAACCUUGCUUUGGAAAACUGGAUCCGGAGAAGUUUUCUGGGGCAUUAGCAAAAAAGAAUUUAGAAUUUUCUCGCGAAGAUAUUGAUGGGAAAACGCUUUUUACGCUGAAAACUCUUGGUGCUACGGUGCGUCUUGAGAAAGGAGGUCUGCGAACAGUAAUGAAUUGCACGAAUCCUGAAAAUCGUCGAUUAUUAGCGGAAACAAUCGCAGUUUGCUUGAAAAAAUUAUGA